CGCGCUUCGCUUCUCUUUUGGGAUUUAUGGUUUUGUAACAAGGCUCGCUUUUGUGUUUCGCCGUGAAAAUAUUUUCAAAUAUAAGUUGUAAUCAUGUCAACAAUGCGUUAAUCGCGUAAAUAUCACAAUUACCUUGUGAUUAUAUUGCAUUUUAUGUAAGUAAAGUGCAUUUAUGGAUCAAUAUUCGGAAACAAUGAUGUCUCUAUAGCGUCGCUUAAUGGAGACAAAAUCGGGAGCGGGUGUUACAGACCAUUGGAUGAAUAAUAUUAUGGAGCCGGCGUCCAACGACAGGCAAGUUCAGAACGAUAUUUCUUCAAUAAAACGUGAAAAAAUGGCUGAAGCAUACAACGGACAAGAGAAUGUUACUUACGAAUUGAAACAACAAACCAGAUAUAGAUGUGAUGUCUGUGAUCUAACUUUUGAGGGCCUUGAAUAUCUCAUACUUCAUAAAAAGUUCCAUGGCAAUGAUAAAGAUACUCCACAAAUGGAACCAGAGCCCCAGGCUGUCAAAGAAGGUCCCAAGAAGCGUAGAAAGUUUAAAUGUGACCAGUGUGAUGUUAAAGUUAAUUCUCAGUACCAUCUUGAUAUACAUAAGAGUAAACAUGAAGGUAAUGCAGCUAAGAAGUUCUUAUGUUUAAUUUGUGACAGAAGUUUUGUUGCAGCUCAGUUCCUAAAAAGCCACAUGCAGUCCCAUUCAUCAACAAGUACAAUAAACUGUGAGAUAUGCGGUAAAAGUUUCACUGGUCAAGCCUAUUUGAAAUUGCACAUGCAAUUACAUAAUGAUGUAAGGAAAUUCAAGUGUUCAAAAUGUGAUGAGAUGUUCCCGACAAAAAACUGCUUAAAAAUUCAUAUGAAGAAGCAUUCAAAAGUAAAAAAUUUUAAAUGUGACUGUUGCCAGAAGUUGUUUGUGUCAAAGAUCACAAUGGAGAAGCAUCGUCAGAGCCAUGAAGGCCAGCCAAUGGAUUGUCAUGUGAAAUGUGUGCAAUGUGACCGAACUAUGCACUCAUCACUGCUCCGAACACACAUUGCAAGAGCACAUCCAUCGACUAUAGAUGAUGAUGUGAAAAGACCUCACAAAUGUUUAACAUGUGGAAAGCGUUUUAUUGUUAAAAUAAACCUUAAUCUUCACAUUAGAGUCUGUCAUCCAGAUCUUGCAGAGCCGGAGGAUGAUGAUGAAGAUGUGAUGACAGAUAACUCUUAGCUUAUCUUUAUGCACCCCUGUAGAUUACAACAACUAAAAAUUCAAUUACGCAACUAAUUUUUUUUUUCUAAGAAUCAUGAAUAGGCCAUCACUUAUUGCCUGCAAUUAUUUUUGUUUCCUAUUCCUAAUCUUUUUGUGCAACAAUGUGAUAUAUAUGGUAAAAACAUUGGGUGUUGUUUCAAUAAAAACUAUUAAUAUAGUGAUAUUAACUUGUAUUCUUUUGUUAUAAGUUUAUGUGUAACUUUUAUUUUAAGGUUUUCUGCUACUAUAAUCAGAUUUUUUUGUAAUAAAUGCUUAAUAAACAAA